ACAGACAGACAGACAGACAGGACGCCGGUGCACCGACAGAAAACGACUCCUUCUCUUUGUUCAAACGGAACAUGGCGUCAAAAUGUCCAAAAUGCGACAAGACUGUGUAUUUCGCGGAGAAGGUGUCGUCUUUAGGGAAGGACUGGCACAAGUUCUGUUUGAAAUGUGAGCGCUGCAACAAGACUCUGAAUCCAGGAGGCCAUGCUGAGCACGACGGGACGCCUUAUUGCCACAAGCCCUGCUACGCCGCCCUCUUCGGACCAAAAGGCGUGAACAUCGGCGGAGCUGGUUCCUACGUGUACGACGCUCCUGUCAACGAAGCCCCUGCUGCCGUUUCUAUGGAAACAGAUGGCAAGCCAGAGGAGGAGAAAAAAGCCCCCGUGCGGGGACCAGUGAAGGCUGCGAGCUUCUCCUCGUUCUCCGGAGGACCCAACAUCUGCCCCAGAUGCAACAAGACCGUUUAUUUCGCUGAGAAGGUGUCGUCUCUGGGGAAGAACUGGCACCGGCCCUGUCUGCGCUGCGAGAGAUGCAGUAAGACUCUGGCCGCCGGCAGCCACGCAGAGCACGACGGACAGCCAUACUGCCACAAACCGUGCUACGCUGUGCUGUUUGGGCCCAAAGGCGUAAACACUGGAGGUGUCGGCAGCUACAUCUACGACGAACCUGCUGAAGCCGAGGCCCAGCCCUGAGCCCUGAGCCCUGACUCCGCCUCCAUGACCUCCAGGACCCUCUGUGUCUUUUUUGAUUAGCCUUCCUCAGUCAUGGUGACACAUGAUACGCACUGCGAUCACAGGGAUGGAUCUUUAGACGUUCUAUUGUAUUUGAAUAUUGUUUAUAUAUCUAUUUUUUGUACUGAUACAAACACUUAACAUGUCCUCCCAUGUGAGAUUCAAAUUUGCCUUUAAGUUUAUUGGUUCUCUUUGCCAAAUAAUUAUGGAUAAAAGCGCCUGUGUCACUCAUGAUUAAUGUAGUUUUUUCAGACUUUUGUGCACUUACAAGAUGUACUGUAUGAAACGUAUCAGCCCACCAACUUAUUGUCAGUGUUUGUCGAACGGGUUCUUCCUGGUUCUAAUAGAGGGAUGAGGUAUAGACGUACACACAGAGACCUGAAUGUUUUGAAGGUGAUUUCAACUGUGCAUCACAUUUUCUACAGUAAAACUAUGUGAUACC